UAUUGUUAAAUAUAGCCAAUAAUUCAAAUGACAAAAGAUUGCAGUUUCUUAGUGCCAAAGCCAAAGAAAAUUGAUUUUAACAAAUUAGUUACUGAAAUAGUCCAGCCGUUUGGCAGGUCUAAGUAUUCCAGGAGCAAAUGCACUAAGAAACUUGAUUCUCCAGAGAUUUCCAAGACUAAGAUCUGCCUUCUUGACAGGAAAAUUCGAAAAUAUUCGGAUGGUCUUCACCGAUAUAAACUCCACGCUCAUAACUCUGUGCACAACGAGACAAUGACGUAUAUUCAGAGGAAAAUCUCAGAAAGCGGGUUUGCUAAUGCAAAUAUUUAUAUAUCUGAUGAGACUCUACAGAAGAUAACCGAGAAGCUUCUUCGGUCAGGGUCGAUAGAUCCCGACCAGAAAACGCUUAAAAACACAUCUUUAAGCUUACCAAAUUUAAAGAUAAGCCAAGAAAGACUUGAUGAGUCUGUUCCUUUAGGAACCUCUCUUCCAGAGUCCUUCAGCCUUAAGAUACACAUCUAAUAGUUCAUCUUUGGUGCACGAUUAGACAUAAUGACUAUUUCUAGUUCAAU